AUGGCCACUAAAAGCGAGUUUCAGAGUUACAAUCCAGCGACCGCCGAACAUAUUCAAACUUUUGCCGAGUUAUCUGACGCUGAGGUCGAUGCUGCUCUCCAAAAGGCAAAUGACACGUACAAGAAUGUCUGGCGUCCUUUGCCAAUUGCCGAACGAGGCCGUCUGAUGGCCAGAGUCGCCGCUCUCAUGCGAGAGAGGACUGAUGAGCUCGCCAAGUGUGCUGCUAGAGAACUUGGCAAACUUAUUUUUGAGCUGAAGCUCGAGGUCGGUUGGUGCGUCGAAAUGUUCGAAUAUUUUGCAGCCGAGGCGGAAAGGCUCCUUCAGCCAGAGGUUAUUGUCUCCAACCCAGGGUGCGAAAUAUGGUCAGAGCCUGUCGGCGUCAUCCUUGCCAUCGAGCCUUGGAACUUUCCAUAUCUUCAACUGGCCCGUGUCGCUGCUCCGCAGCUCCUGGCUGGAAAUGUCUUGAUUGCGAAGCCUGCUCCCAGUGUUCCAGAGUGUUCCCUCAAGUUUGCGCAACUAUUUGCCGACGCUGGGGUUCCAGAAGGUGUCUACACAAAUAUAUUCGCCAAUGUCGCACAGUUGGGAGGUCUCUUGGACGACUUUAGGGUCCGUGGAGUCACAUUUACAGGCAGCACUCGAGCCGGUGCCGCCGUCGCUGAGCGCGCUGGGCGCAAUGUCAAGAAAGCCGUGCUUGAGCUGGGAGGUUCCGAUGCGCUCAUUAUUCUUCCCGAUGCCCCCCUGGAUCAAACUGUCGCUACCGCUGUAAACUCUCAAAUGUUCAACACGGGCCAAGGAUGUGCCGCCGUCAAGAGACUUAUUGUCAUUGGCGCGGAGAGAGGUCGUCAUGCCACUGAGGCUGUAGUAAGAGCGUUUGCUUCACUCAAACCAGGUGAUCCAAGCGAUCCAUCGACUACCCUCGGACCAAUCUCCUCCGAGAGAGCUCUGCAAGGUUUGCUUGCACAGGUGGUGUCGGCAAGAGCCGCUGGUGCAAAGGUGGCAUAUGGCGGAGGCCAAAUCGACCGACCUGGCUGGUACAUGGAGCCCACGGUUCUUACAGAUAUUGCGCCGAACAACCCCAUUUUCCAAGAAGAGACAUUUGGGCCGAUUUUGAGUGUGUACGUAGUGGAAAACGAGGCUGAUGCCAUCGAACUUGCCAACGCUACUAGCUUUGGGUUAGGAGCAUGCAUAAUGACUUCAGACAUCCCCCAUGCGAAGGUGAUCGCGGAGAAGAUGGAUGUAGGCAUGGUAUUCAUCAACGGAUCGGCUUACUCGGGUCCAGAUAUUCCCUUUGGCGGAGUUAAGAACUCUGGUUUUGGCAGGGAGCUGUACUACAUUGGCUUCAACGAAUUUGUUAAUAAAAAGCUCGCCAGGGUGGCACUAGAUUAG